ACAGCAAAUGAAAGAACCGUAUACAUAUUAUCGAUCCACAGAGAAAUUAUAAAACCAACUUCAUUCAGUAGCAAACGACCAAUAGAAACGCAAUACGUUUGACAGUGACUCGAUUACAUUGCUGCCUAGCUAUCUAUUUACCCAUUUUAAGUAAAAUUGUAAAUUGAAUUAAAAAAAAUGAUUGUUUCAAAAGAUAAAUUAUUUAUUUCUUUCAUCGUAUUUAUACAAUUUAUGAGUUUUUCGAUUGCAUCACACUCCACGCAAUAUGUAACUUAUGGGUCAGUGCUAAAGAUUUUAAACGUGGAUUAUAAUGUUCGUCUACACUCUCAUGAUGUAAAAUAUGGCACUGGUUCUGGCCAGCAAUCAAUUACUGGGACCGAAUUGAAAGAGGAUAUCAAUAGUCAUUGGGCUAUUUUGAACGUUACAAACUCUGCAUAUAUUCGUGGAAAGCCGAUCAAAUGCGGAGAUGUCAUUCGUUUACAACAUUUGUCUACAAAUAAAAACCUCCAUUCGCAUCACUUCUCAAGCCCAUUAUCAGGAAACCAAGAGAUAUCCUGCUAUGGUGAAGAGGGUAUCGGCGAUUCCGGUGAUCAUUGGAAAGUCGUUUGUUCAGAUGAUUUUUGGCUUCGUUCAUAUGGUGUGAAAUUCCAACACAUUGACACAGAGGUGUAUUUAUCUGUGAGCGGACGAACUUUUGGCAGACCGAUCAAUGGCCAAAUGGAAAUUGUUGGUUUGACAAACAGUUAUAAGUCGACUGAAUGGAAAGCGGCAGAGGGUAUUUUCGUACAUCCGAGCUCAGAACCAGCCAGAAAAGCCGAACACACGGAACUCUAAGCUCAUUGAAUGAUUUUAUAAUGCAUUUUUGGGGAAAUUGUACAAUUUUAGUUUAAUUUUUAAAGAAAAUAAAUCCCAAACUCUGAAUCAAGAAUAUUGAUUUCAGAAUGUGUGAUACCAUAGAAUUUGAUUGAGUUCCACGAAAUAAAAUUCACAUACGAGCCUAA